GGGAAAAGUUUCGAUUUUUGCCAGUCGCUCACCUAGCAGACACGAUGUAAGGUUGCAGCAUGCCCUCUGUCCACUUUCCCGUUGUGUGAAAAAUCAAUUGUGAAGGAAAACUCAGAUACCAUUCGCUGCGAAACGUAGAUCGGUUUUGCGACAAAAUGUAUUACGUUAACCGAAUCCGGGAGAUUGUGACCACGCCGGUCUCACCGAAGUAUCUUCGGGUAUCGGCCAUCCUUAUCGCAAUCUACAAGGUGCUUGUCGCACACGUUCUGCUGUUUGUGACGCUGCUCGGUCUGGCGCACGCCGAGGAGAUGAGCACCAUCCUGCAAAUGAGUAUCGCCGACCAGAAGGACAGCGAGUACAUCUGGACCACCAGCGAGCAGGAAGAAUCGAUCAACGAGUGGCGCUUCAAGUCCGCCGAAAAGCUGGCUUCCGUAACGCUGUGCAUGCUGUACAUCGCGACCACCAUGGCCACCAUCUACGUGCUGAGCUGUCUGGGAUUGCUGAUCGGAACCCUGCGCAAUCGGCACGAAUUUUUCAUCCCCUGGAUGGUGGUGGAUUUCUUCGGUACGCUCGUGUCGGCCUCCAUCAUGCUGGCGGUGGCCUACAACAAAUCGGCCUUCUGCUUCGUCGCCAAAUGGCAAUACUGGGCAUUCUGUGCCGUGUCGACCGCGUUCAACAUCGUCGUUUGGCUGAUCAUUCGGAUGUUCUACAAGAAUCUCGUACACAUGACCAAGUUGCGCGAAGUCGCGAUCGUCGCCAUCCCGUGCCCUGUGGCCAACGUACCACUGGCAGCCGCCCACGAUGGAGCCGUUUGCAGCAAGACGGCCAACGCUGUGGCCAUUCCGCCGUAUCACUAUCGUCGGGAAAAUAUGCACCUGAGCGACGGAGGGUUGAAGCACAUCCUUUUCGAUGCCAACGAGGCCAACUACUUGGUAUAGAUUUCUUUCCGGAAAUCCCAAGCGGAUCGCCACCUAGUGGGGACGGCUCGGUGCAUUGGCAAUAAUUGGAAAAUUUGGCAAAAAUUUAACAAGUAUUUUGGGUUUGAAACGAACCCGUGGGAUUUUGGGUAAGGGCAAUUAGUGUAGAUGAUGGGCUGGGCCCUAUAGAUAUAAACCCUAGCAGAGGGUUCCCACUUCACUCCCGUUUUGCGUAUACGCUUGCGUAGACUUAGUCCUACUUGGCUCUGGCCAAUUAAAUUGGCUUUCUAUCCACAGCAAUGCGCAGGCUAAAUUCACAUCCGCUGGACAGAGGCGGGAUGUAUUUCAGAUCUCACUGUACGUGCAGAAGAGAGUGACAUUGUUCACUGAAAGCAUAGCAUCAAAUAAAUAACGUAACCAUCAAAU